AGAUAUGUAGCGUAAAUAAACACUUUCUGGCCAGCAGCCCUAUAUAUUCCAUGUUUAGAGAGCCCCCAUCCACACACCCCCACCCCUUUCAUGCGCCAUCCAAUCCUUACGCAGGGACAGCACUGACGGGGGUCAAGAGGAAAAAUAGCGUCAUAUAUAUACGCCCCAGCGGUGAUUUCUUGCUCCGAGUCCACUCCACUCUGUGCUACACUCCUUGUGUUGUCAUCCGAACCAGGAAUUGUCUGUGCUUCAGGAAAGUACUUCUACUAUCAGUUGAAAUGGCACCCAAGAAGGACCCUAAGGCAGCUGCCCCCGCCAAGAAGGCCGAACCUGCACCAGCACCAGCACCAGAGCCUGCACCUGCUCCCGCAGCAGCCCCGGCUAUCGACCUGUCCGCCGUCAAGAUUGAGUUCAGCGCAGACCAGAUUGAUGACUACAGGGAGGCCUUCGGUCUGUUCGACAGGGUCGGAGACAACAAGGUGGCUUUCAACCAGAUCGCUGACAUCAUGCGCGCUCUGGGACAGAAUCCCACCAACAAGGAGGUCGCAAAGAUGCUGGGAAACCCCACCGCUGACGACAUGGUGAACAAGAGAGUGGAGUUCGAGGGCUUCCUGCCGAUGCUGCAGACCAUCAUCAACAGCCCCAACAAGGCUCAGUUUGAGGACUACGUGGAGGGUCUGCGCGUCUUCGACAAGGAGGGAAACGGCACAGUGAUGGGAGCUGAGCUGCGUAUCGUCCUCUCAACACUGGGAGAGAAGAUGACUGAGACUGAGAUUGAUGCUCUCAUGGCAGGACAGGAGGACGAGAACGGCUGUGUCAACUAUGAGGCCUUUGUCAAGCACAUCAUGUCUGUGUAGGAGCUGCUGGAGAGCAUCGUAUUAGUGCAGACCCCAUGGUGUCAGACAUCCACUCGCUGUUUCCUGCUCCACCUGAGGAAGCAGGGGGAACAAAGGACUAUGAGAUGUCAUUUCCUGAACCCUUUUUCUUUUUGUUCUACACUUUUUUUUUCUUCCUUUUGUCCAACUGGUGCUUUUCUUCCUCUCCUCCUCCUCCUCCUCCUGCUGCUGCUGCCGUUCGGGAAGCUUUCCUCCUCUUCAUCAAAGUGCCCUGUCUAAAUUGGGGAUCUCUAUAAUCACUGGGGUUUUUUUUGUUUUUUUAAAGUGGAGCAGGGAUGGAGGGGGAGGUGGGAUAAUGACGACCACCCCCUCCCAUCAACUCACGGUCUGGCUGGCUCUCUAUCUGCCAGUAAAGUGACUGGUUUGGCCCAGGACUGGCCAUCAGAAUUAACUCACUCCUCACCUAACCCAUCCCUAGGUCUUAACUUAUUGUAUCCUCUGCCACAAUAAACUUUUCACAAACUCUC